AAAAAGAGCGUAAGUCAUAGAUAUAUCUACUUCACGUUCAACAAUUUUGAAAUUCGAAAUGGCAAUUCUUUUUUCCAUUCUUUUGGUAGUAAACUAGUAUUAUCUAUCAUUGAAAAUGAAUCCUUUUUUUAUUGUCUUGAAAACUGUAGACUACGUUAUAUAAAAAGAUAAUUGGAUCACGUUCUGUACCACAGAAAGCUACCAAACCAUUGAGUAAAUUUAAUUUGAAAAUUUCAAAUAAAAGAAAUUUGAGCAUACUUUACUGAUCUCUAUUGAAUAUUUUUUAUUUCUUGUUUCUGUUUUACAGUGUUUCUGAAUGUAAUUUAUUUAAUAAUGACCAAUAUAAACACUAGAGUAUAGUAUCAGUAUAGUAAAUAGACAAGUCUGGAGAAUGACAAUAAUGCAAGACUGUUUGUUCUAUGAAAUGAUAAGUUCUCACAAAAUAAAGAUUUUCUUGUCAUCCCUACCGAAUCGUAGUUUCGUCAUUUUGCCCAAUCGUGAUUCUUAGAAUUGAGGAUUUUCACGAAUUUUUAAAUUUCUACGAUCAUAACCAAAGGAUUGAAAAAAAAAAAACAUAAAAAGCAAUUGAUAAGACCAUAAAAAAAAUAUUCUACGUAUCGUACGCAUUGAGUGUGUUUUUCCUAACUUCAAACUUUAAAAGUCUAAUAACUAAUAAUGAUAAAUGCAAGAGAAGAAAAAUUUAGUAAAUAACUAGUAAUGAGUAAAUAAUUAAUAGAAAUUAAUGAUGAUAAAUAUAGCGAGAGAAAUCUGUAACAAGAAAUUGCACUCUCAACUUUGUCCCCUUUUCUUUUCGCAGUAUUUCCGUAAUUUAAACACUAGAGUCUCCGUCAUAUACAUCGAAACCUGGCAGGGCAAGAACCAGGCGGACAUCACCGCGGGCAUGGAUAUCGGUGUCGCUUUGCUCAAUUUAAACGAUUACGCGAUGCGAAGGAUGUUCCAAGUUUCUCACGACACGACACAGUUACUCACGGGUGAAACGUUCUACGGUGGAGAAUCGGGGGUGGCCGUACCUUCGACCGUCUGCAAACAGAAAUCCGUAGGGAUCAGCGUCGAUUUGAACACCUACGAGCCUCAUCUUUUAGCUGGUACUAUGGCUCACAUGAUCGGCCACAAUAUCGGCAUGAGCCACGACGAUGGAAGAAGCGAGUGUAUCUGCCGCGAAUGGCACGGAUGCAUCAUGGCUCAAUCGAUCGUGGGCUUGGAGAACGUUCAGCCGUACACGUUUUCCGAGUGUAGUAAAACAGAUUACAUAGAGUCGUUAAGAAGCGGCAACGGCUUUUGUCUUUUGAAUAAACCAAACGAGGUGGAAGUAAGGAGAUCUUGCGGGAACAAGAUAAUCGACGACGGGGAACAAUGCGACUGCGGAUCGAUCGAGGAGUGCCCCGAUCUUGAUCCUUGCUGCGAUCCCAUCACCUGCAGACUCACCUCGGAAGCGCAAUGCGCGUCUGGCCCUUGCUGCAGCGAUUGCAAGCUUCUGGCGCGUGGCGUCGUGUGCCGGGACUCGACCAACGAAUGCGAUUUGCCGGAAGUCUGUACCGGUGAGACCGGCCAAUGCCCACAAGAUGCCUACAAGAAGAACGGCAAUCCCUGCUCGAACAACGCCGGAUACUGUUACAAUGGCGUUUGCGCGGCGUUGGAUCUUCAGUGCGAGCAGAUCUGGGGAUACGGCGGCGUAGCCGCGGAUCAACAAUGUUUCGAGCAAUUCAACUCCAAGGGCUCGCUAAGUGGACACUGUGGUACUGACACCACAUCCGGUCACUACAUCAAGUGCGAGCUAGAGAACGUCCGUUGUGGAUCAUUGCAGUGUCAGCAAGGUAGCAAGCAGCCAAUGAUAAUCGGAAUAGAUCACUCGAGAACCAUAAUCUCGAUAAAAGGCGAGGAGUACGAGUGCAAGUAUGCACUAACAUGAACAAGUGCUAUUGCAACCUUGGAUGGAGUGGGCCGGAUUGUUCCAUACCGCAGGAUAUUCCAACUUUGGCGCCGCUACCGCCUCUCACCGAAUCACCUGGUAAAAAUAGUUCAGAUCCUAAAAUAGGGAAGAAAGAGACCCCCUACGAAUCAAAGAACAACACUCUUAGCACCGGGACGAUGGUAUUAAUCCUGGUGGGUGUGGUCAAAGGAGUCUUCAUUUGUUUUGCACUAAUGGCUGUUUGCUACAGGUACAGUAGCAAGAUAAAAGUUCUUGAGUGGGUUCGACCUGCCCGCCUGUCAUUGUCAACCUCGCAUCCUCGUAAUCGGCGAAUUUCUCGCAGAAGGAAGAGCACCGUCCAGAAGUACGACCAACCGUACGUGAAGAAACCGCCGCAGAGGAGUUACAUGGUUUCCGGCGUCUCCGGAAACCAUCAUCCGGGACACGCGGUCCUGGACAAUGUCAACAGCAAGAUCCUCACCUUUAACAGUAUGCCGAAUGUCAGGGAGCAUAAAUCGCAGAUGAAGAGGCCCGGUAUGGCCGACGAGGACGGAGAUACGGGAGCGGACGAGGUCGUCUCAUUCAUCGAUUUGCAACAGAACAGUCUGAAGUUGCCUGAAAAGGGAAUAUUAAAGAAACACGGUAGUUACGGUAUUGCAAUGAUUGUUAAUUAUAUACCAGCGAGUAAACUGACAGUUCGGGCGUAA